CUUCUUGUGAAAGUAAAAUUAAGUUUGUCCCAGGAACUUUGCCGUACUUAGCAGCUGUAUAUUGGGGGUGACAGAGGAAAUCUAUCUUUGUGUUCGUCUUCCUUUUUUAAGGAGACUACCCCACGAGCUUCACGAAAUAUUUCCUCCUGAAUUAGUACGCAAAGCCCCGAAGCCUCGGCACAGCGUGGCCACCACGACCUUACUGGACUAAAACAUCAUUCAAUGAGUUUUCAUGUCCUGUUGAAACCCUGUACGAGUGCGCUGAAGGUACUCGGCCUAGUUUAGCGUAGCUUGCUAACCAAGAGGGGCGUUUGUUGUCACCGCAUUGCCAAGCAGAGAUCAAGUGUUGUUAUUGUCGUGUGAAAAUGUGUGCAAGAAGGACAGCAGCGUUCCAGGAGGAACUUGGCCGACUAAUGUUACGACAAAGUCAAAAUUUGGACGCUGUUUGCACGAAGCCUCAAGUUGGAUCGAGCUCAGCAGAUGACAGUGAGCAUCUUUGUCCUGAAAAGGAGCAGCAAGUACUUGGUCACAUUAAAGAGCAAGAGAAGGAUGAAGUCCAUCACUUUAAAGAGGAAGACACACUGCCAUCCCCUUACUUUAAAACAGAGGAGGAGGAGGAGGCUAUCACCAAGUUGCCAUCGACUGUUGUCCUUUUGAAGAGUGAAGAUAAAGAUAGUCCAAAUGAGGAGAACAGAGGGGCGCAGCCUCCAUGCAACAGCAGUUUCUCAAGUCAACACAUGACAACACAAGUUGAUGGAGACCACUGUGGAGAAUCACAAGCAGAUGGCUUCUUGGCUCCACUAUCAAAUAAUGAUGACACAACAUCACACUCUUCUGACUAUGAUGAUGGUGAUGGUGAUGAUGAUGAUGAACUGUCUGAUCCUCAUAAAGCAGAUCACACUGACAAGAAAGAUUGCAAAUGUUUUCAGUGUGGGAAACCUUUUGAAAAUCAGAGCAUUUUGAGACGACACAUGAGAACACACAAUGGAGAAAAGCCCUUUUCCUGCUCAGUUUGUGGUCACAGAUUCUCCGCAAGGUUAAAUUUAAGAAUUCACAUAAGAACACACACAGGUGAAAAACCUUAUGCAUGCUCAAUUUGUAGUCAAAGAUUCUCUGUGAAAGGGCACUUAAAACGACACACAAGAACGCAUACUGGGGAGAAACCUUUUGCCUGCUUUAUUUGUGGUACAAAAUUCUCUCGAAAGGAUCAUUUGGCAUUUCACACAAGAACACACACUGGAGAAAAACCUUUUGCCUGCUCUUUUUGUGGUAAAACAUUCACUAAAAAUGGAAGCUUAAAAAGACACAAAAGAAUGCACACUGGUGAGAAACCUUUCUCCUGCUUAGUAUGUGGGCAAGCAUUCUAUGAUAAUGGACUCUUAAAAACACACACAAAAACACACACUGGGGAGAAGCCUUUCACCUGCUUAGUUUGUGGUGAAGCGUUCUCUCAGAGUGGACUAUUAAAAAGACACACAAGAAAACAUAGUGGGGAGAAACCUUUUUCCUGCUCAAUUUGUGGUAAAGGAUUCUCUGGGAAGGCAGAAUUAAAAAUACACACAAGAAAUCACACAGGAAACAAACCUUUUGUCUGUUCAGUUUGUGGCCAGGGAUUUGCUCAGAAUGGACAUUUAAAAGCACACCGCAGAAAACACACUGGUGAGAAACCCUUUUCCUGUUCAAUUUGUGGUCAAUCAUUCUCUGAGAAUGCAAUCUUGAGAAGACAUAAAAGAACGCACACUGGGGAGAAACCUUUCAUCUGCUCACUUUGUGGCCAACGAUUCGCCCAGAAAGGGGGCUUAAAAAGUCACACAAGAGUUCAUACUGGAGAGAAACCUUUUGCCUGCUCUGUUUGUAGCAAGAGAUUCUCAGUUAAUCAAGAACUAAAAAGACACACAAGAAACCACACUGGAGAAAAACCUUUUGCCUGCUCUGUAUGUGGCCAACUGUUUACUCAUAAGCCACACUUAAAAUUACACACAAGAAAACACACUGGUGAAAAACCAUUUCCCUGCUCACUUUGUGGCAAGAGAUUCUCUUAUAAAGGAACCUUAAAAAGUCAUGGAAGAACACACACUGGGGAGAAACCUUAUUCUUGUUCAGUUUGUGGCCGACGAUUCUCUCAGAAGAAAUAUGUUAAGACACACAAAUGUGUAUGAAUAGCAAUGAUCAAUGAAGGUUUCGCCUCUCAUCUGAUCAGGCUUCAUCAGUUCAUGCACCAAGGCUAAAUAGGACAACCCUAUCCCAAUUCCUGUCCAAUAUUGAAGACAGCCACAACAAUGCAGUUGUGAUUGAUUCAAAGCUUUUAGAAAGAAAGAGACCUAAAAUAUUCAUAGACAUGAUCUUUAAUGCACUCACCGCUUCUUUUUCCAGUGAACAUGGAUAUUUGACUUCUACAUCUGUCAAUGGGAGUCAAUUAAAUUGAAUCUACUAUCUUUAAAUCUACAUUCUUGCAUGCUGCGAACUUUUUUAAGGGUCUCCUGCGGGCAAGUGUUGAAAAUUAGUACCAGUCCUAAAACAUUUGUAGCAAUAUUUCUGCUUUGUACAAUCUUUUUGUUUUGUGCAUGUCUAAUAAGCAAACAGUAGAUUGAACCAGAGUGAGGGAAAACCUCUGACUGUGGGGUAAGAUAGAAAAGUGACAAUGGGAUCCUGAAUAAAAUGGACAGAUUUUCGAAUGUAACUAUAUCUCAAUCAUAUUGUAGAGUUUCUCAUCUAUGUGUUUGUUUGUUUUUAACUCUGCUGUCUGUUGACAUGUCAGCAUUGCUAAUGUGAGUCUGUUUUCAGUUAUCUUAUUUGGAUGAGUAAAAGCUUAAAUAGAAAUAAAUGCAUUAAUAAAAUACUGUAACAGUUUGGAGAUUAACUUGUACAGUGAAGAAAAUAACCAUUUGAACACCCUGCUAUAUUGCAAGUUCUCCCACUUAGAAAUCAUGGAGGGGUCUGAAAUUUUCAUCGUAGGUGCAUGUCCACUGUGAGAAAAAAAAAAUCCAGAAAUCACAAUGAAUGAUUUUUUAACGAUUUAUUGGUGUGAUACAGCUACAAAUAAAUAUUUGAACACUUGAGAAAACCAAUAUUAAUAAUUGGUACAGUUGCCUUUGUUUGCAAUUACAGAGGUCAAACGUUUCCUGUAGUUGUUCACCAGGUUUGCACACACUGUAGGAGGGAUUUUGUCCCACUCCUCCACACUGAUCUUCUCUGGAUCAGACAGGUUUCUGGGCUGUUGCUGAGAAACACGGAGUUUCAGCUCCCACCACAGAUUUUCUAUUGCGUUUUUGUCUGGAGACUGGCUAGGCCAUGCCAGAACCUUGAUAUGCUUUUUACGGAGCCACUCCUUGGUUUUCCUGGCUGUGUGCUUCGGGUCAUUGUCAUGUUGAAAGACCCAAACAUGACAAAUCAAAAGGAUUGUGACAAUGUAGAUGACCAUCGUAGAAGCCAGGAAGCACAACAAGCUGACUGAGUUUCGGUGUUAAAACAAGACAUUGUAUCCUUCCAGAAUUUGGAGCAAUAAUGUUUAAUGGGACUUUCUUACUUCCCAGAGUUUAUUGUAGAUACAGUACUGUACUAUACAUUGCUU